AUGCUUUACGAUUCUUGCGGUUUGUUAGGUGACUCGCGACAGGUCCCCUGUUCCCAGACCAAGGGUGUCAAAUCUGCAAUGAAGAUUGCUCCCCUUACCCUUGCAUUCUUGAGAAUUUUGUGUAAGACAGCCUUUCAGCCUGCUCACUGCAAUUCCUUGAGAAGCUUUCCCAUCAAAGCAGAUAUCUUCCAGUCUCAGAAGAGGGUGGAACAGGUGGAGCUGAAUGCAGACAGGGCUUGUAUCACUUCGCGGGCGCCCAUGUUCCAUGGCUUGUCGCAUGGAGCGCGGUCAUGGACGCCUUCGGUGGCUUCUUGCACGAAACCUUUCCGCGGAAACGCUGAAUCGACACAGCGCCUCGUCUGA